GAGCGAGCAUUUCCGGUUUAAGGACGUAGUUGUGCAACGCUCAAAAUGAUGCUUUUAAGACACUGCGAGAGGUUGUUCAAACAUGGGCACUGCAUCAAAAGACUGCUACAUAAAUCACCAUGUCGCCCAUAUACUAUAGUGGUGCCUUCAGUAAUAGGGGGAAAAUCAACUGAUAGAGAAAGGGUUAUGGAUAUAUUUUCACGAUUACUAUUAGAGAGAAUCAUAUGUAUAAAUGGACAGAUUGAUGAUCAGAUGUCCAGUAUUGUUAUAGCUCAGUUGCUUUAUCUCCAAUCAGAAAGCUGGCGAGAUCCUAUAAAUCUUUAUAUAAAUAGUCCAGGUGGUGUUGUGACAGCAGGAUUGGCGAUAUACGACACAAUGCAAUACAUUGAUACACCUAUUUCAACAUGGUGCAUAGGACAGGCCUGUAGUGCAGCAUCAUUAUUACUGACAGCUGGUACAGAUGGAAUGAGGCGUGCAUUACCUAACUCUAGAAUUAUGAUCCAUCAGCCUAGUGGAACUGCUGGGGGUUCAGUAACUGAUAUUCAGAUUAAAGCAGAAGAGAUGCUGAAAAUGAAGAGACAAGUUAAUGACUUGUAUGUUAGACAUACCAAGAAACCACUCAGUGAAAUAGAAAAUGUUAUAGAAAGAGACAAGUAUAUGAGCCCAAUAGAAGCUAAAGAAUUUGGAUUAAUAGAUGAAGUUGUAGAAAAGCCUCCAGAAAAAUCACCACAUUCAUGAUAUGAACUUACAGUAUUUAAAAUGUAGAGACACAUAAAGAAAGUCCUUUAGUAAUGUAUAUGCAAUGGCAUAAAUAUAUGAUGGAAGAGUGCAUACAAAUAGUAAAUUUCAAAUGGUUUGUUGUGCAGAAAAUGAACCCAUUUCACAGGAAACUUUAAAAAAUGCAUUUAAAAGUUGAACUAUAUAUCUAUAUAUAUUAUUUUGAAUUUAUUGUUGAUACAAAUUAUUAAGAUAUCUUAAAUUAAAGUUUUUAUUUCAAACAUAUAA